CGUUUGCUCCAAAAUAUUCCUGAACCAGCAAUCUGCCCGUACGCAUCGUUUGAUAGUUUAAUCAUCAACAGCCACAGCACAAGCCUCAGUUUGUGCUGCUGUUCCUGAAACAUACNCAGAUCAGGCAGCAGCAGGAGUUUCCUUUUCUCAACUCUCUUCACUCUUUCUUUUAACAGAUACAUAGAUAGAGAGAUAGACAGAGAAGCAUGGUUUCUGAAACCUCCCUCUCAUCUUCUAAACGCUCUCCGGCUACUCCUAAGUUUUGCAACUCAUUCACUACUAGGAUUUUUGCUGAUGUUGCCGGAGACAUUACAAUUGUCGUUGAUGGUGAAUCUUUUCUGCUACAUAAGUUUCCCCUGGUGACUCUAAGUGGGAAAAUCCGGAAGAUGGUGGCUGAAGCCAAGGGUUCCAAUGUUUCAAACUUGGAGCUCCUCAACUUUCCAGGGGACCAGACAUUUGAACUUGCCAUGAAGUUCUGCUAUGGGAUGAAUUUUGAGAUUACAACAUUCAAUGUUGCCCGGCUUCGUUGUGCAGCAGAGUAUCUGGAAAUGACAGAAGAAUACAGGGAGCAAAACCUCAUUUCAAGAGCAGAGAUUUAUCUGAAUGAGAUUGUUUUUCAGAGUCUUCAGAAGUCAGUGGAAGUGCUGUCCACAUGUGAAAUGUUGCCUACAAAUAUAGUGGAUGACAUUGAAAUAUCAAGUGGAUGUGUGGAAGCCAUUGCAAUGAAUGCUUGCAAGGAGCAGCUAGUUUCUGGCUUAUCUAAAUUAGACUGUGAUGGAGAAUCUAGAGAGCUAAAGGAGGAUUGUGUUGCCUGGUGGGUUGAAGAUCUCUCAGUACUGCGUAUAGAUUACUUCCAAGGAGUUAUUUGUGCAAUGGGAAGAAUGGGGGUGAGAUCAGAUAGCAUUAUUGCAUCACUGAUGCAUUAUGCUCAAUCAUCUCUGAAGGGUAUUGGAAAAUGUCAAUUCUGGAAUCCAUCAAGAACAAACUCAAGUCCAACCAGUGUAGAAAAGGACCAGAGGAUAAUUGUGGAAACUCUUGUGAGUCUCAUGCCAACAGACAAAAGCUCUGCCAUUCCCUUGACAUUUUUGUUUGGCAUGUUAAAGAUGGCUAUCAUGUUAGGUUCAAACAUUCCCUGUAGGCUUGAUCUUGAAAGAAGGAUUGCAUUACGGUUGGAAAUGGUCUCAUUAGAUGAUCUACUUAUACCAUCACUACAGAGUGGAGACUCUUUGUUUGAUGUUGAUACAGUUCACAGGCUACUGGUGAAUUUCUUGCAAAGGGUCGAAGAGGAAGAAACUGAAGAUUGUGGAUAUGAAUCUGAUGGGCUUUGUUCUGCAGGCCAUGGUUCCCUGCUAAAAGUGGGGCAGCUUUUAGAUGCUUAUUUAGCAGAAAUUGCACCUGAUCCGUACUUAAGUCUACAGAAAUUCGUUGCUUUGAUAGAGAUACUUCCUGAUUAUGCUCGUGUUAUUGACGAUGGCCUUUAUAGAGCCGUGGACAUUUAUUUGAAGGCACAUCCAGCACUAACAGAGCAAGAAUGCAAGAAGCUGUGCAAGUUGAUAGACUGCCAGAAGCUAUCUCAAGAAGCAUGCAACCAUGCAGCACAGAAUGACAGGCUUCCACUGCAGAUGGUGGUGCAAGUGCUGUACUUCGAGCAGCUGCGAUUGAAGAACGCGUUGUCAGGGAGUUCAGGAGAUGGGCUGCUAUCACAGAGAAUAAGCAGUGGUGUUCCAAGUGCAGCCAUGUCCCCUAGGGACAACUAUGCCUCUCUGAGGAGAGAGAACCGAGAACUGAAGCUGGAGAUUUCAAGAAUGAGGGUUAGGCUGAGUGAGUUGGAGAAGGAACAGAUGUUCAUGAAACAAGGCAUGAUUGACAAGGGAGGAAAUGGAAGAACAUUCUUAACAUCACUUUCAAAGGGUAUUGGGAAGAUUGCAAUUUUUAGUGGUCAAGGAGGAGGAAAGCGCCAGAAAUCAGGUGCACACAACGUGUAAAUCACUUGAUCAACAGCUUCUCUUCAUCUUGGUCUUAAAUUUUGGCAGUUGAACUUGAUAUCCCACAUUCUCCCUUCCCUGUUGUACAUGAUUUCAGCUUCUGAGAUAAGGUCCUUGUUCAUUACACAGUUACACCAAGACAAAAGCACAAACAUUUCAAUGUGUAGCAUCAUCCUCACCUUGUCCUAGGGACACACUUGAAGCACUUCCUUUCCCACUGAUAAAAUGUACUUAUUUAUUGUCAAA